AGCCUCGCGCGCACGGGGCAGAGGCAGACGGUGCCAGCCGGGCGCCGCCGACACCCGAGAGCCCCAAGACCGGACGUCCUGUGCCCGUUCAGCUUCCCAGGCGGCAAGUGCGACCCCACCGACCAGGACGUGGUGCACACCGCCCUGCGGGAGACCCGGGAGGAGCUGGGCCUGGAGGUGCCCGAGGCGCACGUGUGGGGCCUGCUGCGGCCUGUGUUUGACCAGCAAAAGGCCUCCGUGGUGCCUGUGCUUGCUGGCGUGGGCCCCCUGGAUCCCCAGAGCCUGAGGCCCAACCCUGAGGAGGUGGACGAGGUGUUUGUGCUGCCGCUGGCCCACCUGUUACAGACGCAGAAUCAGGGUUAUACCCACUUCUGCCAGGGUGGCCGCUACCGCUAUACACUCCCCGUCUUCCUGCAUGGGCCACACCGGGUCUGGGGGCUCACGGCUGCCAUCACUGAGUUCACCCUGAUGCUGCUGGCACCUGACACCUACCAGCCCCGCCUGGUCAUCCCCAAGCUGCACAGGGGCUGAGGGUCUGGCCCCAGGCAGCCCCGGCCUUCCCCCUGCCCGGCCAGCUCCGCCCUGGGAUUGAAUAAAGAGACUGUGACAAUU